GUGUUACAUAAGAAUGUUUUUUUCAAAAGUUUUUUUUGCUAAGUUACAGCUUAAACUUUCAUAUAUAUUAUAUAAAUGUUGGCUCCUCUCUACAGAGUAACUCGCUUGGAAUUGAGUAAACCGAUCUUGUAUAUUCAAGGAAGAUAUUUCAGUUUGACUUUUUCAAACAACCAGUUCAAAUCUAAUCGGGAACAGAGAAAACAUGAACAACAUAUUCUUUCACAAAUAUUAAGAGUCGAUCAUGCAGGUGAAAUGGGUGCAGAUAGGAUUUAUGCUGGUCAGAUGGCCGUUUUAAAAGAUUCAGAAUACGGAUCGGUUAUCAAUAAAAUGUGGAUCCAAGAGAAAGAGCACCUUAAAAAGUUUAAUGAGUUACUUCCAAAAUAUAAAAUACGACCAUCUGCACUACUACCUUUAUGGAAUGUUGCUGGAUUUGUUUUAGGUGCUGGCACUGCUUUAAUGGGAAAAGAAGCUGCAAUGGCUUGUACUAUAGCUGUUGAAGAAGUCAUUGGUCAACAUUACGACAGCCAAUUAAGAGAACUUCUCACUGAAAAUCCUGAAAGAUAUAAAGAGCUUCUUGAGGUUCUGCAAAAGUUUCGAGAUGAUGAACUUGAACACAUGGAAACUGGUUAUCAUUAUGAUGGAGAAAAGGCUCCGUUUUAUCAAGUCCUAAAGUCUGUAAUACAGUUUGGUUGCCACGGUGCAAUAUGGCUGACAAAAAAAGUCUGACAUUCGGGAGAAUAGCCUUCGUUAGUAAAUUGCUUUUUUAUUCUAACAAAUGUUAGAACAAAUCUUUGGUAAUUUUUUUGGUAAGAAAAACACAAGCGAAAACAAAAAAAAUUUUAUUUUGAAUAAAAUUUAAAAAGCGAUAGCAAAGAAUCUAAUGUCGCUGCAAAGAAACAUAAUACUGACAAGUCAAACAAGUCUUGCAAAAAAAUUUAUACAUACCUUUUUUAACUUAUUAAUGUUUAUUUCGAUUGAAAUUUAAUAUUUUUAAUUAUGUGCCUAAAUAUAAGAAUUCAUUAAAGUG